AUGAAGGAUAAAUCAUCAGAUGUGUUUUGUGUUCCGGACACAGCCGAGGAGAAUCCUUCGGCAGAGCUUCGCGGGCUUGCUGAUUCCCUGGUUGUUUGGGGCUCGGCGGCUGAGUUGGAAGGCUCACUUCUUGGCUUGUUGACUCAUGGUGUUGUUAUCGUAUCGAAGGCAGACGAUAAGGUGGACCGGCUGGCAGGUCAGUCGUUCCAGCUCUUGCAUCAGCUCAUUGUAGAAAAUGGGGUCCACCUCGUCGUGUAUCCUUUGGCCCGGUCUUUCUUCCAAGAACUGGGGCUGAAAGUCCAGAUGGACUGGUGUCCCAGAAGAGCUGCGCGGCAGAUGUCGGGCGGUGGCUUUGAGCAUGGGCCGGCUGAGCUGCCUGGGGGAUCAGUUGGAUCCGAGUGCACAAGGACAAGCUCUCUGCCACAGACCACGGAUGGAGUCUAUGGAGAUAGCGGCAACGGCCUUGCAUCUGCCUGGACCACCCCAUAUGGGAAGGGGCGCAUCACCUACUUUGGAUCACCAUACAGAGAAAUGCCUUUGCAAUGGCGGUGGCUGCUUGCAAGUGCACUGAACACGACCUGCACGAACAGUUCCUUGAAGCAAACUACUGAUAGUAAUGCAACCACAUCCCCCAUCCCGGCUGCAAUGGUGGAGUGUGGAAGCGUUGUUCAUGGAGCCUUUGCCGGGGCCAGCAGCAAGCACGUCUUUUGCACCCCAGAAGAUCCAGGAGCAGUAGGCGAAGUGCUUCUGAGCACAUGCACAUCUUCCUUCGACACUACGCUGAAGGUCACACAAGCAUCGGAUGAGCAAGAGCAGCGGUCAUGUGACGAUUGCGGAGAAUGUGGGGCGCAGGCAGAGAUGAAGCUUAGCACCCUUGUCGCUUCAACGUGCUACGACAUAGCGGUUGGCCAGUACAGCAAGUACAGCCCCCCUCCUCAUGCCGGGAACUACACACUUUGGGUCUCCUGCUGCGACCAAAGCCUGUGCCACGGCCGGGGCCAAGUGACACACCGCGGCUGGGGGCCUCCGGGCACUCCGGAUGCUCCAAGUGUCCAGCCGAUCUGUGGCUGCGACUGCACCUAUCCCUUUGCGGGACCCAGCUGCAGUGAAUGUGACCCACUUGCUUUGGCAACCCUCAACAACAACUCAUGUGAGAGUUGCUUUGCUGGAGAGGCCCACCUGGCAGGGUUGGAGGGCUACUCGCUGAUGUGGUCCCCUGACUUCGCGCAGGUCGCACAGGUCGCACGGGACAGUGCAUGCUCCGGCAUCAGUGUUGAUUUCUCGUACUCGUAUGGUGUUUCGAGGGCUCCGGAGCCGAGCCGCUUCGAGAACGGAAGCUUCGGAGUUGGGAUGCCUCCCUGUCCGUACCCAAUGGCUGGACCGGUGCUAUACUUCUAUGCCAACUCCUGGAAAGUCCUGGGCACCAUUUCUUGUGCCCAGAAGAUUUCCUGUGAUUUCAGUCUGGACCCAAACACAUUGCCUGGAUCGAGGCGCUUUGCGAUGCAGAUGCUCGCGUGGUCGGAGCCGGAGAGCUGGAGGAAGAGCUACUAUGCGAAGUCAAACCUUGCAGCUUUGUCAUUGCUUGAGCUCCUACUCAACACGUUUAGCUCAAGCAGCGGCACCUACUUGGUCAAUGACAUCUGGGGAAACAGCUUCAACGCCAGCUUCAAUGCCAGCUUGAACUCGUCCUUAGAAGCAGCACAGGGCUUCUUCAACAAGAUGAGCCAUCGAUAUUCUCGGUACUCUUCGGCUUGUUCUUGGCCUGACCUUGCUUUCCUUGAGAGUUCUGAGGCUCCCGAGCUGUUGAUCUUGGUUGGACCCUUGUGUCAGGGAGCCGCGCACUCGCUCGAGGCCUUGGUCCGGGUUGGCACCCAGAUCCUCCAUUUGGACAACGAUCCCGAGCCCAUGCCUCCCUACAUCACCUCUCUGGAUGUGGCGGAUGUGGGGGAAUUUGGGUUAGCGGAGUUCCCUCAAUCCGCUCUCUGUGACUUCUUCGAUUUGUGGCUCCGGCACCGAAGCGUGCUCCCUGGGCUCAAGUGCAGCCAGGACCCUGUGGAAGGCCUACACUUCACGCCCUCCGUGGUCCCAGCGUUUCACCGAAGCCAGCUCGAGUUUCCGGAGCUUUGCCCCAUCAAGUCCUGUUGCGUCGGCGAGCUGUGCAGCAGCUUCACCACCUCAGUGACCUCAGUGGCGGGGGAUACGGCCUCGUGCCACACCCCUCUCAUGGAGAUGGGCGUCUACAACAUUAGUGUCGAAUUCUGGGAUGGCUCGAGGCUUUUUGCUCCGAAGCAGCUCUCCGUCAGAAAGCCCAGCUCUGGCUUCUACGCAGAGCGCAUGGUGGAGUCUCAGGCGUACCCACAGAGCAUCUUCAAGGAUUGGUCAUCGCAGAUUUACCACUCCGGGAGGUGGAAACAUCCUUGUUGUGAUAUGGUUGCAAUUGGCUUCGAUCUUGCUGUCAUGGGGCGGCUGGAUUCCAACCCUACAGUAGAUACAGCCACGUGCCAAGUUGGCGAAUUUUAUGCCGUCCCGGCCCCCAUCGAGCACGAGAGGCCUUUUCCCAAACCGGUGCGCUUCAUGGCUCUGCGGUGCUUCGAAGGGACAGCCGGGGAAGAUGGGGAAGAAGCGGACGGUAGCAGCUGCGAGCUUCCAAGGCUCCCCCACCCGAAUGCGUCUGAUGAAGCUGCUGAAGAUCCUGGAGCUCCCACAUGGAACUGGCAGCAGAAGGUGAACGCUUACGUACAAGCUGCCAAGGAGGCUGCGACUGCUGGCGGUUUACCUGCAUUGCAGAUUCUGCGACGGGCCUUGCAGAAAGCCGGGCUUCGAAGUCAACAUCCACCUGAGAAGAAGCAGUGCGAUGAGGCGGACACGGUGGACCGCUGGGGUCGCUGCCACUGGGCGUGGGGUGCCUCAGCAGCUUCUGCGGGACCUUUCCUGGUUGCCGCAGGCUUUGAGGAGUUGGAGACUGGCUGGGGGGCGAACAAAAGCCGCAGGGGAGACAUCUUGGUUCUCCCUGCUUUCAACUUGACCUAUGGCUCCGACACAGAACUCUUUCACUUCUCAUGUGAUUCCGGCUACAUCGCCAUCAAGCAUUCUGACCAGGAAACAGCGGAGGGUGCCUGGGUCUCUAGUCAGUUCUCGAACUUAGGGAUGUUCGCGGAGAUGCUGGACAUCAACUCCUCGGGUACCCCGAGGCUAUACAGGCUGCGGGAGGAUGCUGAGCUUUUCCCAGAGCCAGAUGAGCAUCUGCAGGCAGUUCCUGUCAAACAUGAUGUGCUCAAAGGAACCAAGGCGCGCGAAGAUGUCCUGACGCAUUUUAGCCUAGCCAAGGCUGGCAGGCAUGUGCCAGACAGUGAGCUGUCGAAGUAUCCCUGCCCCAGCAGUUGGCUACCUUCCGUUUGGCUAGUGCACGGUGGCAACAUGCCUUCCCAGCUGAUCUCACUUGGCUUUGAUGCAUGGGCACCGCCUGAUCGCAGACCCUUGUGCUUUGAGCUGACACCAGAUUUCUUCUAUGACUUCGGCGUGCGGUGCUGCUACGAUGACGAGAACCAUUUCAUCACCAGCUGGCCUUCUGUCGUCAUCCACGGGGGUGGUGAGGCAACUGAAUGGACCCUUGUUGAGGAAAUUGAUGCAGAAGAGCUGCGAUUCCGGGACGACACGAUUACUACCAGCAGCACCACCACAACCACAACCAACGAUGUCCUUGCCUUUGCCGGGAUUGGGUCUGCGAUAUCCAUGCAUGCGGGGCGGGUAGAGAUCAGCUGGCCAAGCGCGAGCGUCACCAUUGGCGAUGCUGAAUCGAACAGCACCCCUGAGAGCACAGAAGGGAUCAACGGGAUCAACAUUACGUAUUUGUUGCUCUGUUCCGAGGAGGAGGAGCUGCUCACCAACUUUGCAAAGCUUCCAGAGGGAGCUCGGGAGAGCGAAGUUGCGGAGAAGCUGUUGGAACAGCGGACUGGAGUGGUGGUGUUCCCGCUGGGUGCUGCCCUGAAUGUCAGCCUCAACGGCAUGAAUCCUGGCUCCCACUUCUUCCUGGUGCUGGCUGUGGCAUUCCCAAUACCAGCGAUGUCUGGGGCGGCGGUGUCCAGCAAUCGCGAGGUUCGACGGGUGAUCAUUGCCGAUGAGGACCCCCUUUUAGUCUAG